CAUACACACAGACAGAGUACACGUCUCAUGAACUUGAGUUUUACUUUAUGCAUUGUGUUGACGAAGCAAAAAGUAAGUUCAUAGUUGAUACAAAGCCAAUGUAGACAUGGUCGAGGAUGUGUAACUUACAUGGUUUACACUGCACUUAUUAUCUGGGCUGUAGCGAGUGCUAUUAAAUGCUGCUUUUUUGUGAUGUGAUGUGGUGAUUAUUGUCCAUUCUCUAGUCUAAAAAUAUGGCAAGAAUUUACCCGACCACAGUUGUUGCUUUGGUUAUCAUCAUUGUUGUGGUCUACAUGCUGGUUUUUUACCUGCCCAUACCUGGAGCCCAAGGUGAUGACAGACAAGCCAAAGGUCUCUUAGAUACUAAGCCAGACGCACCACUUGACGUUCUUCUUGCACUAAAUCAAGCCCCCCAAAACACAAGUCAAGUCAAGUUGGCUCCUAAACAUGCCUCCAAGUUGAAUAAACCUCAUCCAGGCACAGAUGUUGUCAAUGUUGUUGUUUGUUCAGACGAAAAAACUUUGGGUGGUUUGAUUGCUACUGUGAACAGCAUUUGGCUCAAUUCGAAGGCACAUGUCAAAUUCCAUGUUGUGGUGGACAAGGUUUCACAGUUACACUUAAGAUCCUGGUUUGCGGUCCCUGCUCUACAAGACAUUGACUAUACAAUGGUGACCUUCAAUGAGUCUUGGAUUCAAACUAAACCACCUGACAAGGAUGGCAAGAAAGAUAAUGUUCCACCGAUGACAUAUGCUCGCUUCUACUUCCCAAGACUCUUCCCAACGCUAAGUGGUCGAGUAAUAUUUGUUGACAGUGACACCGUUGUGCAAGGUGACAUUGCUGAGUUAAAUAAUACCAAAAUGGAGCCUGGUGUUGCCGUUGCAUUAUCAGAUGAUUGCAGCUCAGUAUCAAGCAGAGCAAGUUUACGCCAGAAUGUAUAUGCCAACUAUUUGAACUUCCACAAUGAGAGAGUCAAGAAACUAGGUCUUAAUCCUAUGACCUGUUCCUUCAAUGUGGGUGUAUUUGUUGCCAAUGUCAGUCUUUGGAAAGAACAAAAGAUCACUGCCAAGUUGGACUACUGGCUAGCUCUCAAUGCAAAGGAUGAUAUAUGGGGAUCAGGGACUCUACGGGGUGGUGGUAAUGCGGCACCACCCAUGAUGAUUAUCUUAUACAAACAACACACAGACAUCCCACCAGAAUGGCACGUUAGACACCUCGGGGUGACUUCAGGGACAAGAUAUUCAGAGAACUUUGUGAAAUCAGCCAAAUUACUUCACUGGAAUGGUCAUUUCAAGCCGUGGGGAAGAACUUCUCAGCACACCCUUAUUUGGGAGAAGUACUUUCUGCCAGAUCCUAUGGGUAAAUUUAAAUUAGUCCGCAAGUACAAUGUUGCGUAAAGGGGCCUCAACAUCAUACCAAUAUAAAAGGGUCCAGAAAGAUCACUCAAUAAGUGUUUUCCGUUUACCUCAGCAUCCAAAGUUUGGAACUUGUAAGCAAACUAUCAAUACUGAGGAUAACCAACACCACCUAUUCUAUCUAGCCCCCCCCCCCCCCCCC